AUGACUUCAAAUUGUACGCUGCUGGCGAAAGGCUAUUAGUAUCCUUGCUAGACAUUGUGAAUAACUUCUCAGAAGACAUAAAAAUGAAACUCGGUCUUCAGAAAUGUGCUUGUCUGCACAUACGAAGAGGAAAGGUACAAUGCCGUGAUAAUGCGGAAAUGCUUAAUGGCCUUAAGAUCCGAACACUUACUGAGGAAGACAGAUACAAGUAUCUUGGUGUCUUACAGGCGUCAGAACUUGAUGCUGCUAAAACUAAAGAGCUUGUCAGACUUAAGGAGCGCGUUAAGCAUGUCCUGACAAAACUAAGCAGCAGUAACAUUAUUCAAGCUUUAAACACUUGGGCCUUCCCUGAUCAAGUGGUCCCUACCAGAGCACACAUCAAGAAUUUACAAAACCAACCGAUUGAAUCCGACAGAUGUCGUCGAUGCAAUACAACAGCUGAAUCAAUCCAACAUGUUGUCUCUGGAUGUUCUUCCCUAGCUCCAACGGAAUACCUGGCGAGGCAUAACAUGGUCGCAAAAAUAAUACAUCAGGGUAUUUGCAAAAACCACCUCAUCUUGGAACAUCUCAAGCCUGCAUACAAAAAUACUCGAGGGACCUCACGAGCUAUGCCUGGAUUUCAGAGCGGAAUAGCUGAAGAAUUAGGAUGUUUGCAGACCACAGUGUCCAGAAUAUUUCAUGAUGUGUUAGAGCGAAUUGUACAACAAGCCGAAGAAUUUAUCAGAUUCACAAAUACAAAAAAACAAACUAUGCAGGCCAAAGGGAAAUGGUUGACCAGGUUCCGUUUUCCUACAGCUAUUGGAGUUAUCGACUGCACGCAUAUUCGUCUUGAUGGAAAACCAGCCCAAUUUGGAGACGAAUAUAAUGGAAUGGCUGAAAAAAUUGACAUGAAUUUUAGAAGAAGAAGAAAAUACUACAGUCUCCUGAAUGAGAUCUAG